AUGGAUAAAUUAAAUUCACCAUCGAAAAAGGUUUUACAUCAAGCUAUUAUGGAAAUUAAAGAGCCAGUAGUAUUUCAACAAAUGUUGCAAAAUGAAAAAGGUGAAUAUUAUUGGAAAUUAUUAGAAUGGAAUUUAUCAGAACUUGCUGAAAGAUUCGGCGAUAUUAAAUUACCAUUUCGAAUUGGUUAUAAUGCUAGAACUAUGAAUCCACAAUGGGAGGUGAAUUGUUCAAUAGUUUCAAUGACACUAUUAGACUUUAUUCAAAAUACGAACUCUCAUGAAGAUAAUAAAGAAUGGUAUUAUUUUGAUUAUAAGUAUAUGCAAGAGUGGUUCAAAGAUAAACCAGAAAUAAUAAAUUCAAUAAAUUGGGAAAGGUUUAAUAUCGAUAAAACUGGUAAUGAUUCUACUCUUUGGAUUGGAAACAAAGGAGCUCACACAAAUUGUCAUCAGGAUUCUUAUGGUUGUAAUUUAGUUGCCCAAAUUCAUGGAAGGAAACAGUGGUUAUUGUUUCCUCCAAGUUCAAGUAAUUUUCUCCAGCCAACAAGAAUUCCUUAUGAAGAAUCUACAAUAUAUAGUAAAUACAAUUUUUUUUGUCCUACUAAAGAAGAUGAAAUUAAUAUAUUAAAGAUAGAAGACACAGCAAGAUUAAUAACUUUAGAACCAGGCGAUGUAUUAUUUGUUCCUCCUGGUUGGUGGCAUUAUGUUGAAUCACUAGAAUUAACUAUUAGUGUUAAUAUAUGGCUACCAAUAAUAACAGAUAAUGUAUCAAGAGUUAAGGAAGCCAUUGUUAAAUUAAUAGUGGCCAGAAUUGGAAAGGAUGUCAGUAAUGUACCUGAUGAAUCUGAUUGUAUAGACUUGCUAAAUAUUGCUGUUGGAGAAUGCAAAACUGUAGCAGAUGUAGACUUAUCUGCUAAAAGAAAAAAACGUAAUGUAUGGACUGUUAAAGACUUAGCAACAGAGUAUCCAGCUUACGUAAAGCUACUUCAUGAACUUAGCAGAACAAAAUUGGAAGAAUUUAUGAGAAUGAAAAGGGAGAGAUUUUCUGAAAACUAUAUUGAUUUGUUAAAAGACAAUUCUGAAACUGAUAGUGAUGCAAAGAAUACUUAUUCUUUUAUUCAACAUACGACUGAAAAUAUUGUUAAUGCACUCUGCCAUCCGGAUGUUAGGUUUAGAUAAUGCUGGCAAAACAACAGUUUUAAAGAGAAUUAACGGAGAACCAAUUGAUACAAUAUCACCAACUCUUGGUUUUAAUAUUAAAACUUUGGAACAUCGUGGAUAUAAAUUAAACGUAUGGGACGUGGGUGGUCAAAAGUCAUUGCGUUCUUACUGGAGAAACUAUUUUGAAUCUACAGAUGGUCUUGUAUGGGUAAUUGAUAGUGCAGAUAGAAGAAGAUUAGAGGAUUGUAAGAUAGAAUUAUAUAAACUCUUACAAGAGGAAAGAUUAGAAGGCGCAAGUCUAUUAAUACUUGCAAAUAAACAAGAUUUGCCUGGAGCAUUAUCUGCAUCUGACAUUGCAGAAAUUUUAGAAUUGCCCAGUAUUAAGACUCAUCACUGGCAAAUAUACAAAUGUUCAGCAGUUACAGGAGAAAAUCUCGUGGAAGGAAUAAAUUGGAUUGUUGACGAUAUCUCAGCUAGAAUAUUUUACAUAGAUUAA